AUGGGCCGGUUCGGGUGGCUCCGGCUCGCGUCGAGGUCCCUCGCGCGCCGCUCCGGCGAGGCGUCUGCGCAGAGGAGCGCAUGGAUUCGGCCGUCUACACGCACAGCUUGCAGCUCUAGUGGCACAUAUGUUGCUGAUAGGUGCUUUGGUCGAUCCACGUUUACAUCAUCUGUACCGAGCAGGUUCUUUCAUUCUACAGGUCAACGUUAUUCGAUGGAGAGGGACUAUUACAAGAUUCUUGGGGUCACUAAAGAUGCCUCUCAAGAUGACAUAAAAAAGGCUUUUCAAUCUCUUGCAAAGAAGUACCAUCCAGACACAAAUAGAGGAAAUACUGCUGCGAAAAGGAUGUUUCAGGAAGUAAGAGACGCAUACGAGACUCUUCGGGAUCCUUCAAAGAGACAGCAGUAUGAUAUGCUAUUUUCUGGAGGGUCAGCUGCAAAUUCCACAAGGGGUAGGGGGGAGUUCGAUGGAUCCUAUGAAGAUCCAUUUUCAAGAUUCAACAAACAGAACGACGACCCUUUUGCAGAAUUCUACAGACAAAAUGAUGGUCCUUUUUCUAAUCAGUUUUACAAAGUAUUCUCAGAGGUUUUCCAGCAUGAUGUGGAUGUACAUGCCAGUGACAUUGAGAUAGAGCUGAAUCUGUCUUUUGGCGAAGCUGCUAAAGGAUGUACGAAGGAAGUUCCCUUCAGUGCAAAGAAUCUCUGUUACUCAUGUGAUGGGAGAGGAUACUUGGCCAAUGCAAGAAAAUAUGUUUGCCCUUCUUGUAAAGGUGCAGGAAAAGUUAGUAUGUAUCCGUUCACAUCCAUUUGUACUACUUGCAGAGGCUUCGGGAAAGUGAUUAAGGAUCACUGCCUAACAUGCAAAGGUGCAGGGGUGGUAGAUGGUAUGAAAUAUGCAAACGUGAUCAUUCCAGCAGGAGUUGAUUCUGGUGAUACAAUUCAUGUACGGGAGGCUGGAAAUAGCGGUGGACGUGGAGCCAUACCUGGAAGUCUAUACAUUAAGCUUCGAGUAGCAAGUGAUCCAGUAUUUGUUCGAGAUGGUGCUGAUGUACAUGUGGACAAAAAGAUAAGCUUCACACAGGCAAUGCUUGGUGGAAAAAUCGAAGUGCCCACUUUAGAUGGUAAAACAGAAAUUAAGAUACCCAAAGGAGUUCAACCAGGGCAAGUUGUCGUUUUAAGGGGGAAAGGAUUGGAAUUACCAAACCAGGCAGGAUAUUUCGGAGACCAACAUGUCCGUUUCAAAAUACAUUUUCCAUUGAAGGUUAACGAACGUCAGCGUGCACUGUUGGAAGACUUUGCAGCAGAGGAAGCCACGAAAGAACAGAGUUUUUUUGCAACAGGAAACUGGUUGGAGCUCAUUGCUGAAAAUAUGAAGAGCCAAAAUUUCAUGAUCGGGCUUGGCUUUGUCAUGCUGAUUUAUCUGAUGCUGAGCAAGACUCUGAGUUAA